CAGCACAAAGAGACAAAGGAUGCUGUUCGUCGCCAUAUUAGAAAGUUGCUGUGGUGGCCGGCUAGCGAGCAAAUAGCUGCUGUGACGCAUAUUGCUAACAGACCCGGUAUUUUCGCCAUCGCGAGCAGUUAAAUACACUGCGAAUACUUUCUGCAAUCGCUUUAUUUUUUGUUUGCAUUUAUCCAUCAUCAACAUGUCCAGAGACCGAUUUAGGAACCGCGGUGGGUUCCAGCGCAGAGGCGGUGGAGGGAUGCGGGGCGGAAUGGGCAACCCGAACUUCAGAAAUCAAAAUCCACAUCCUUUCCAAAAUCGAGGUCCGCAGCAAGGGAUGAACCAUGGACAGCCGCCAAACCAGGGACCUCCACCCGGCCAGAUAACGCCACAGAAGCCUCAGCCACCCGUUCCGGUAAACCAGCCUGGUGGUCCUGUAACACAACAGUCCCCUGCUCAGGCGAACAAGACGCCGCCACAGGGCCCUCCUGGCCAGCCUAAGAUGCAGUCUCCACCUCCGAAGCCCGGACUCACGUCGCCGCCGAACCAACCUAAUAAGAACCAACAAAAGCCAGGUAUCGGAAACGGCCAGAAACCUGCCCAGGCCAUGAACAAGCCACCGCCGGAACAUCACAAGACUAAGCCAGAGGAGGAACCAACUGAACAGCCGCAGUCAGUUGGUAUCUCUCAAUCUCAGCAGUUGAAGGCGACACUGUCCCUCUUGCGUAAACCGGGAGAGAAGACCUACACACAGCGAUGCCGCCUCUUUGUUGGCAACCUCCCCAGCGAUAUCACCGAUGAAGAGUUCAAAAAACUGUUCGCCAAGUAUGGCGAGCCAAGCGAGAUCUUCAUCAACAAUAGUAAAGGAUUUGGCUUCAUCCGUUUGGAAUCACGUGCCCUGGCCGAGAUAGCCAAAGCAGAACUGGAUGAUGUACCCAUGAAAGGGCGUCAGCUCAGGGUGCGCUUUGCCACACACUCAGCUGCGCUCUCUGUGCGCAACCUGUCCCCCUUUGUAUCCAAUGAGCUGCUGGAGGAGGCUUUCUCCCAGUUCGGACAGGUGGAGCGGGCUGUGGUCAUUGUAGAUGACCGUGGGCGUUCCACAGGGAGGGGAAUUGUAGAGUUUGCUACAAAACCAGCUGCCCGCAAGGCCAUGGAUCGCUGCAAUGAUGGAGUCUUCUUGCUAACCACGACACCUCGUCCAGUUGUAGUGGAGCCCUUGGAGCAGUAUGAUGAUGAAGAUGGUCUGCCCGAGAAGCUGGCUCAGAAGAAUCCCAAGUAUCAGAAAGAGCGUGAACAGCCCCCUCGCUUCGCCCACCCUGGCUCUUUUGAGUUUGAGUACUCUCAGCGCUGGAAGUCUCUGGAUGACAUGGAGAAGCAGCAGCGGCAGCAGGUGGAGAAGAACAUCCGCGAAGCCCGCGAGAAACUGGAAGGGGAGAUGGAGGAUGCCUACCAUGAGCACCAGGCAAACCUCCUCAGGCAGGAUCUGCUCAGGCGUCAGGAGGAGCUGCGUCGCAUGGAAGAGAUGCACAGCCAGGAGAUGCAGAAACGCAAGGAGAUGCAGCUCAGGCAGGAGGAGGAGAGGCGCAGGAGAGAGGAGGAGAUGCUGCGGCAGAGGGAGAUGGAGGAGCAGAUGCGGCGCCAGCGCGAGGAGUCCUACCGGAUGGGUGGCUUCAUGGAUGCUAGGGAGAGAGAGAUGAGGAUGAGUGGAGGCGGAUCUAUGGGCAUGUCAGAUAUGCCAUUCAGCUCACCCAACCAGAAGUUCCCCAUGGGCGGCAUGGGAUUCGAGGGCCACCAGGGGAUGGGGGCGCCUGCAGCUGGGGGCAUGGGUGGUGCCAUGAUGCCCAACGAAAUGCGCAAUGAGCGUUUCCCCCAGGGUGGCCCGGGGGGACCCAGAGGGAUGGGCCCUGGGAACCCCGGAUUUGGGCGGGUUCGUGAGGAGUUUGACGGGCCAGCCAAGAAGCCCCGGUUCUAAUUGUGGUCGUUUUGUCAUAUACAAAAAAGGAAAAGCAGUGCUCUUGUGUAGGUUCUUUACCUGAAGAUGUUGAGUCAAAAAUGUAUUUAAGUUGAGCGUAUUCUUGCAUUUUAGCUUGAAGAAGCAUCAUUUUAUGGCAAGUUUAUGGAUAUUUUUUCCUUUUUAUUUUGUAUUUGAAGUAGUGUAUAAUUGGUUAGCUGGCCAACCAUGGCAACCCCUUACCCUGCCCCGACAAAUAUAAUCUGUCUAGUUAUAUCGUGUUCUGUGACUCAUGUCGUGGUGGUUCAAUUUGUAAGUUAACCUCACCUUUCUAUGGCUGUGUUUUUUGUGCCAUUAAACGUUUUGAAAAUCUGUAACUUUACAAUAAAGGCUGCAAUUGGUUCUUUACUUUCC